AUGCCAGAGCGUUGUGCAGCGGUGCGUCUGCCGCCGCCACGCCCCCUGUCCACACACCUGCAAACACUUGGGUUAAGUGCAGGCACCAGGGCCCAUUCACCUCAGAGCAUGCUGCCUGACGAGUACGGCUGCGCUGUGGCCAACAGGUUUGGAGACCUUCUGGACGAUGAUGCUGACCCGUUUGACAUCUUAAAGGAGGCUGGAAGUGAGAAGGAUAAAAAGAAGAAAAAGAAGCAAGAGGACGUUAAGAACAAACAGAAAAAAUCUGGUCAGAAAGAGUCUCAGAGGGACAGAAGACUUCCUGUCAGCGUAGGUGCUCCGGAGCCGCCUCAAGUAGCUCGGAAGUUGCAGUGCCGCGCUGCACCAGUGCCUGAGCGAGCCGAGGAGGGCCAAAGGGUCAUGAAAAGAGCUGUUUAUGAGGACAGGAGGACCUACUCAGACCAGCCCCCGCAGGAGUUCUCUGUUCCAAGGCCAAACUAUGGAGAUGCUGAUGUGCGGGGAAGAGGAGGGAGGAGAGGUGGUGGUCGUGGUGCUUUCAUGAGGAGUUCUGAGACCUUUAACCUGAGGGGCAAGAGAGAAUUUGACCGCCACAAUGGAACUGGCAUCUCACCUGAGGAGAAACGAGGAGGCAGAGGCCCUUGGAACUGGGGUUCUGUUGAUGAAGCUACAUGUGAGGGGAUGGAGGUGACCGAAGCUACUCCGGUGAAAUCUGAGGAGUCCCAAAUGUCUGCUGAUGAGGAAAAUCAGGCGCAGCAAGCGGAUGAAGAGUUGGUUGUCAGUGUUGCAGUGGAGAUGUCUCUCGAUGAAUGGAAAACCUUGCAGGAGAGUAACCGACCCAAAGCUGAUUUCAACAUCCGCAAAGCAGAGGACAAAAUUCCAUCUAAAGCUAAAGUCAUACAUGAGUCCAACCACCUGGAGAGUCUGAAGAAGUCUUUGGAUACUCUGGAGGAAGAUGGCACUGUCCUCCGCCGCUCUGUGAAUGACAUCACCUCCCUCCUGGAUAUCAAUUUUGGGAGUCUUGGGAGGCCUAUUCGUGGUGGUCGAGGCCGGGGUGGAGGAAGAGGAGCCAUGAGAGGAGGAUUAACUGUUCAUGCAGAGCAAAUGAAGCCCAUACUUGAAAUGGGGGACCAUUUGGCACCAAACCCCUAUGACCCUGAUGACUUCCCAGCUCUAUCAGCAGGACUGUAA